AUGCCAGGAUCCUACACAUCGACACCCCUUCUCGAAACCCCUUCGCCCAUCGCAACUCCCAACUCGCUACCAUCACUGCCAAGCCCGAGUUUCACGAGCAGAUUGGCGACGACGGUACUGAAUGAACUUGAAGUGGUUCUACAUUGGGAGUUGCCAGUGACUACUUUUGUUGAACUGAACGAAGUCGGCAAAGCCACAUAUAUCCGCGACAAAGUUGCCUGUAAGACGUACCGCUAA